UCUUUUGGUACAGUCGUCGCGUUGUUCGCUGUUUCUCUCGUAUAACCGCGCUUAGUUUACAUAUGUGAUAACUAAUUUCUUUUUUUUUUCGUCGUAACUUCAACAAAUGCAUUAACUCGACGUCGUCGUCGUCGCUCGUCGUUUACACAACGUUCGUGAACACACAACAAGACUUUACUUUGAAUUUUUAUAUUCUCUAAAAUUAAAAAAAAAAUCAACAAAAAUGCCUAAAUCGAUGAAUGUUCGCGUCACUACCAUGGAUGCUGAGUUGGAGUUUGCCAUCCAGCACAGCACCACAGGCAAACAGUUAUUUGAUCAAGUUGUCAAGACAAUCGGUCUGCGGGAAGUCUGGUUCUUUGGAUUACAAUACACAGACUCGAAAGGCGAUCUAACAUGGAUCAAGUUAUACAAAAAGGUUAUGAACCAAGAUGUACAAAAAAGCGAUCCGCUUCAAUUUAAAUUCCGUGCCAAGUUCUAUCCGGAGGAUGUGGCUGAAGAGCUCAUUCAGGACAUUACCCUUCGUUUGUUCUAUUUGCAAGUAAAGAAUUCCAUUUUGUCGGAUGAGAUCUAUUGUCCGCCCGAGACGUCGGUGUUGCUUGCCUCAUAUGCCGUACAAGCGCGUCACGGCGACUUCAACAAAGGCACUCACAUAACGGGCUUCCUGGCGAACGAUCGUUUGUUACCGCAACGCGUCAUCGACCAACAUAAAAUGUCGAAAGACGAAUGGGAGCAAUCCGUAACGACGUGGUGGCAAGAGCAUCGCGGCAUGUUGCGCGAAGACGCCAUGAUGGAAUACCUGAAAAUUGCUCAGGACUUGGAGAUGUAUGGCGUAAACUACUUCGAGAUUCGCAACAAAAAGGGCACCGAACUAUGGUUGGGCGUCGAUGCCUUGGGCUUGAACAUCUACGAGAAGGAUGACAAGUUGACGCCGAAAAUUGGUUUUCCCUGGAGCGAAAUUCGCAAUAUUUCCUUCAACGAUCGCAAAUUCAUCAUAAAGCCCAUUGACAAGAAGGCGCCCGAUUUUGUCUUUUUUGCGCCACGCGUUCGCAUCAACAAGCGUAUUUUGGCUCUUUGCAUGGGCAAUCACGAGUUGUACAUGCGAAGACGCAAACCCGAUACCAUUGAUGUGCAACAGAUGAAGGCGCAGGCACGCGAAGAGAAAAAUGCCAAACAGCAGGAACGCGAAAAGUUGCAAAUGGCGCUGGCGGCACGUGAACGUGCGGAGAAGAAGCAACAGGAGUACGAGGAUCGUCUGAAGGCCAUGCAAGAGGAGGUCGAACGUUCACAAGCUAGUCUCUUGGAAGCGCAGGAAAUGAUUCGUCGCCUGGAAAUUCAGUUGCGCGACUUGCAAAAGUCCAAGGACGAGCUGGAGGCGCGUCAGAACGAGCUGCAAGAGAUGAUGCAACGCUUGGAGGAGACGAAGAACAUGGAGGCGGCCGAACGCCAAAAGCUCGAAGACGAAAUCAAUGCCAAACAGGCUGAAGUGCAGAGAAUACAGAUGGAAGUCAAUGAGAAGGAUUCCGAAACUAAACGGUUACAGGAUGAAGUUGAGGAGGCACGUCGCAAGCAGAACGAAGCAGCUGCCGCCUUAUUGGCUGCAACAGCAACACCCAAAAAUCUGCAUGUCGCCGAAGACAAUGACGAGGAAGACAUGAUCACAAAUGGCAACGGUACUUCAGACCAAUCACGUGACUUAGAGACAGACGACACCAUCAAAGAUCCCGUCGAGGAUCGACGCACGCUCGCCGAGCGAAAUGAACGUCUUCACGAUCAACUUAAGGCACUUAAACAAGACUUGGCAUUGUCACGUGACGACACAAAAGAAACUGCUAAUGAUAAGAUUCAUCGUGAGAAUGUCCGUCAAGGUCGUGACAAGUACAAGACGCUGCGUGAAAUUCGUAAAGGCAAUACAAAACGUCGUGUGGAUCAAUUUGAAAAUAUGUAAAAAAAAUCGUAAAUCUUGUAAAAUCAACGGUUAUCUAAGAAACAUUAAAAAAAAAUAAAAA